AGCUGCAAUAAGAUUUAAAUUCUUAAUUCUUAAUUGCUCCCACAUUCAUUGACAUUCCUCCAAUAUUCAUGCUGCGAAAAUUUCAUAUUCUAAGACUUGCCCUUCGCCCUUCCAGAAGAGAGAUCUUAGACCCAAUAGCAAACAUGUCUCUAAUGCACAUCCUUGGUAUCUGUGAAGAUGAUUUGGUGAUCAACGGCUUGGUACGUAUCUCUCGGUAACUACCUUCACAUUACCGAUCCAAUAAUAAUGAACCAAGCUAAUAAAUCCGAUAGGGGGACAAGCGCUAUGACUAUUCCCGUAAGACCGUCCUAAAGUAACCUUGUAAAAGCACUGACUCAUAUUAGCCGGUCACUAUUACUUUCUGAACAGCAAUGGUUUGCAAGUGUAUUGUAAUCCAAAAAGAUGGAAAUACAUCGUGGGUACAGAAUAGGGUCCCAAGUGUAGAUGAACCGCUCAGUGUGUCGAAAUUUCUCUCUUCGGAAAAUAUCCCGCUUGAAGCUUAUGAGGAGCUCGGAAAAGAAGCACAAUUGUGUGAUGCAAAGCUCUAUGAUGUUCAGGGCAAUGUUGUCAGUCUUAGAAAUGUAACCGAGGAGCUAUCAAGCAAGUAAGGGACUGGAGACUUGAGCAUCGUUGCGAGAAUGGUGUUGAUUUUCAAACUUUUUGAGAUGUUUGUUGAGCUUGUUUUAAAGCAUACAUGAAAAGCGUUAUUCUGACUCUCCGAAGUCGACAAUUAAACUUCAUUGUUAAUGAUGUUAAGGUUUUACCACGAUAAGAUCACCGAGAGCGCUGAUUAUUAUUUCCUAGUAUAUCUUCAUUGAAAACACUAUGAAAAAUUCAAUUCUG